UCUGCUGCACCCCCCCUUCCCUUUCUCUCUCACCGCCACGAGCCUCGCAUCCCAAACCUCUCGUUCCCUUCACCCUCGAACCCUACUUCACCUAUCCCCUUCGCUUCGCGCCCGUCGUCCCACCAUGGCGGCCUCUCUCGCGUCCUCCUUCGCGUCCUCCGUCAGGCUCGCGCCUGCCUCCUCCUUUCUUUCAGGAGAGCGCAUUCCGCAGCCCUCUGCUGCUGCCAGCUCCACGCCCGCAGCCGUUAGCGCCAGCCCCGUCGUCCGCGUCGUGGCCGUGCGGAAAAUCCAGGGGACCGUCGUGUCGACGGCCAACGACAAGACGGCCGCGGUCGAGGUGAAGCGCAUCUACCCGCAUAAGCUGUACAAGAAGCGGAUCGCCAGCGUGAAGCGGUACCAGGCGCACGACCCGGAGAACCAGUGCCGCGUGGGUGACUUCGUGACUCUGGCCAAGUGCGCGCCGGUGUCCAAGACGAAGAAGUUCGUCAUCAUGGAUAUCCGGACGCCUCGCGUCGCUGGCCAACCGUCGGGCCUUCCGCCGCUGCAGUCGGAGGCUGCCGCUCAGUCGUGAACGCGAGAUGGAGAAACAGGGACGCAGUUGCGGUUUGAGAAGUCUUGGUAGUGUAAUCCUUUUCUGAGCACCAGUUUAUAUUGUGUCAGUGGAGCAGCUUGUAAUGCAGCCAAGUAAAGCACUAUUCUUUGCUUCCAGAGUUAUAGAUGGACUGCAGAGCAGGCAAACGGCUUUCAGAUUUCCAUCCCCCCUUCUCACUGAUGUCUAAUCUUCGCCACCUACUGGUUGCAGGAAGUUGGUAGGGUUUUUAGUGUAAGAAAAUGAUACCGAACAAAGAAUGAAUUACAGUAUCAAUA